AUGACAAGAUUCGACCAAGACUUCGUAGACGGUCUCGCUCUGGACCUCUUCUCGCCACACGACAGAACUGUGGUCGUCAAUCAAAACUUUAAUCCCCUGGAUGGUCGGUUCGUUACCGGAGCAAGUGGCGAAACAUUCGUUGGACUUCAGAACCAUUCAUACGUGAUCCAAAUGAGUCAUUCGGCCAAUGAUCUCAUCGCCAAGAUAGAAAUCCCAUAUGAUAUGGACCAGUUGAACAGUAUGGGGGUGCAAGUGGGAAAUACCUUCGUUGGGACUCUUUCAGCCGACAGGAGGAGCUGGAUUAUUGACGAGUCAUCGCGAAAUAUCCACAGGAGCGAGAAUAAUACGAGGAUUAUCAAGAUGACGAAUAUUACUGGCGAGUAUCGCCUCCUCGGUCGGAGGAGUUUCGACGAGGCCAACAUUUUUAUUCAAUAUGGACAAGGAGAAACUAGGACCAUGAACAUUACUAGCGGUGGGAUCCAGGAAGCGGAAUUUGUCGACGGUCUGCGUGUUGCGGUUUUGGCUCAGGCGAACAUGGCCUUGAAUGUCGAUAUUAGAAGCGGUAUCCCACAGCAAGCUCUUCCGCUGGGCAUGGUUCCUGUAAACUCUUUCGCAUGGGUCAUGAAAUCGAGCAGCCCAACAACAAAUCUAGAAGCAUCGAUCAAAUUCCCAGGUAAGCGAGUGAUCAUAAAGAGAGAAACUGGAAUUUUGAUGAAACUUGGCUAAUCUUUUCGUUAGUGAACAUGGGUAUGGUAGCUGCAAUUGAAAAGCAGGCCAACGAGAAGAUGAUAAGCAUUGCAAAGCGCCAAUUUAAUGCUCCCACUUCAACGCCGUUUGUGAUGGUUAUGGCUGCAACCCACUUGCGAGAUAUGCCCAGAUCGGGUGUUGGCCAAGUGACGCUUAAUAACCCACAAGAGGUAGAUGGAGAAUACAUUUUAGUGGCAGUUCCUGCGUCACUGCAGAUGGUAAUCUCAAAGUAG